GACAACUCUCCACCUCGAAUUCUUGGCAACCCGAACUUCAAGCUUCAAACCAUCUUGUUGAACUUCUAAUCCCGGAUUCUUCGACCGCUUUUUUGAUCCAGCGUCGUUCGCUUUUGGAAGACCGGCGAGAAAGUUUAGCAGGAUGUCGGGACUGAGGAUAUUGGUGCCCGUCAAGCGGGUCAUUGACUAUGCGGUCAAACCGCGCGUCAACCGCGCGCAAACCGCCAUCGAGACGGCAAACGUCAAGCACAGCAUGAACCCCUUCGACGAGCUCUCGAUCGAGGAAGCGGUCCGGCUGCGCGAGCGCAAGGUGCCCGUCGAGGAAAUCGUCGCCUUCACGGCCGGCCCCGCCAAAGCGCAGGAUAUCCUGCGCACGGCCAUGGCCAUGGGGGCGGACCGGGGCAUCCACGUGCAAAUCGAUGAGAGUAACAAUAAGGACUCCUCUCCUGCUGCGCUGGAGCCGCUCGGCGUCGCAAAGUUGCUCAAAAAGGUCGUCGAGGAGCAGAAGAGCAACCUUGUGAUCCUGGGCAAGCAGGCGAUCGACGAUGAUGCGGGGCAGACGGGGCAAAUGUUAGCCGGGUUGAUGGGCUGGGCGCAGGCGACGCAGGCUUCCAAGGUGGAGAUCGAGGGGGACACGGUGACGGUGACCAAGGAGGUGGAUGGGGGCGUGGAGAAGGUGCGGGCCAAGUUGCCCAUGGUGAUUACGACGGAUCUGCGGCUCAAUGAGCCGCGGUAUGCGAGUCUGCCCAAUAUCAUGAAGGCGAAGAAGAAGCCGUUGGAGAAGAGGUCGUUGGCGGAUUUUGGCGACGUCGAUGUGGCGCCGAGGUUGAGGACGGUGAGGGUGACGGAGCCGCCGCCCAGGAAGGGGGGUGUCAAGGUGGAGGAUGUGGAUGGCAUGAUUGCUAAGUUGAAGGAGUUGGGGGCUUUGUAAGGGGUUGGAGCAUAGAGUCUGAAGGGAAUUGGCAGGUGAGCCGUGCUCUGUAUAUAGUGUUUGGAUUCGGAAUAGACAGGUCGAAGACAUGAGCUGGAUUGGAAGA